AUGAAUGAGAGAGAGAGAGAGAUAGAUGGAACAACGGCCGAAACAAAAAGAGGCGGCGGCGGAUACUGCCCUCCACGGCGACGUGUUGGACGCCAUCGUCUCCCGCGUGUCCCCCCUCGACCUCCUCCCCGCCUCCCGCGUCUCCAAGGCUUGGCGUACCGCCGUCCUCUCCUCCCCGCGCCGCCCGCCGCCGUGGUUCAUCCUCCACCACCUGGGUCGUCGCCAGGUUGCCGCCGCCUUUGACCCCCUCUCCCGCGCGUGGCGGUCUCUCCCCUUCGCGCCCAGCUACCCUUCCCACCGCCAGGGGCCCCAGCCGCAGCAGUUCUCCUCCUACAUGCUCUCCCCCGGAGGCGGCACCCGCCUCUGCGUCCUCUCUGUCUCGGCGCUAGCCCUCGCCACAGACCCCUUCGGCGCUUCCUGGCGCCAGCUGGAGCCGCCGCGCUACUCGCGGACGGACCCGGUGGUGGCCGUCGUUGGGACCCGCGUCGUGGUGGCGGGCGGCGCGAGCGACCUCGAGGACGGAGAGAACGCGGUCGAGGUGUUCGACGGAGGCGCCAGCGGCGCAUGGGUUUCGUGUGAGCCCAUGCCGGAAGCCUUCAGAUGGUCCGAAUCGAUCUCCUCGGCGGCGGUGGGGCGGAGGCUGUACGUUCUGGAGAAGCAGUCACCCUUCACCUUGAGCUGGUUCGACGUGGAAUCCAGGCGGUGGGGGCCGGCGCGAGGCGUGCGCGUGCCGGACCCGACCGUGCGGCACGCGGCCAUCGGGUUCGCGAACGGGCGCCUGCUGCUGGCGGGGGUGGGCGGGAUCGGGACGGGGUUCGGCUGGAGGGCGGAGAGCGUGCGGCUGUGGGCGGUGGACGAGGAAUCCCUGCAGGUAGAGGAGGAGGUUGGGAGCAUGCCGCGGGCGAUGGUGGAGGAGCUGGUGGGGGACGGGGGGUGGGGCCUGUCGUCGCUCGGAUUCCUGAGCGAGGGGAGGUUCGCCUACGUCUACAACCCGUCCUACCCGAAGGAUUUAUUCCUGUGCGAGCUGGAGGAGGGCGGCGGGUGCAGGUGGGAAAGCGUCCCGCGGCCAGCGUGCAUGGAGGAGCGCCCGACGCACAGGGUGGUGGUCGGCUGCUGCCAAGUAGGCGUGGAGGACCUAAUGAUGGGAAAAGAUAGGACCGUCUAAGCUUGGACCAAGAAAAGAAUACCGGGAGUGGCCUCGGCUUUAGCUUUAGCUUUAGCUUUUCCUGGAGACACUGGGAGGUGGCCGCAACCCAUGAAGCAAGCCUUUUGCAGGGGAGGUGGCCACUCAGAAGGUACGAAGAAGAUUGACAUCUACUAUAUAUUAAAUAUUUGUUUGAUUCA